AAUGCAAAAAGUACAAAUGGAGUAAGUAAUAAAGUACGAACAAAGUAAUAGAAUGCCAAACAUGGUUAACAUUUUUUAAUUUUUGAUUAAGGCAAUAACUUUAUAAAACGAGGAUGAUAUGCAGGUAGAGGUAGCCAUUUUUUUUUUUUUUAAUUCCAAUAGGAUUUAUCAGAUUUAAUAAGUUCUGGGUAAAUAAGAUAAAGGGAACGUACCCUUAGGUUUAUUGGCAUGUAAUGUUUGAAAAGGAAAAUUAAACCACAAGCAACAUACCAUGCCUACCAAGCCUAUAUAAAGUGAACAGAUUAGAAGAUACAUCGAGCAAUAGAAACUCACCUUAGAAUUUAACCCCCGACAAAAAUAAAGAAUUAAAAAAAAAAAAAAUAAGAAUGGAAGAUUUGGUGCAAAAAAACCACAUUAUUCUUAGGGAAAAUAAGGAGAAAAUAUCAUUUUAUAACGGGAGUGUAGCUUCUAGAUUUGAGGGUGGUAUGACUGGUAUCGAUGUGAAUAGGAAGUUGAAAAUGCUGGAUUUUGUGGAAGCUAAGCUUAAUAUUGCGGAUUCUACAUUAAAACCAGGCGGUUCUCUUCACAAAAGGCUAGAAGAAAGGGUUAAACAUGUGCUCUCUCAUUUGGAAUCCUCUCAAGGUGAUCAAAUCAAAGGAAAGGCCAAGGAAUCCGAAUAUGAAAGUCAUGAAGAGAACCAUGAGAAUAUCGGCUUGGAACGAUUGUUCAUGCUUUUAGAAGAAGAGAUACCCAUGGAAAAGGAUCAAGCUAUAGAACAAGCACAAAACGAGUUGACUCUAUUCAUAAACAAAGCGUUCAUCGAUGAGCCAAUCGAUAAUAAGAUUUUGUCGGAGAUUGCAACAGAAUUUUUUAACAAGUAUCAUCAUGAUCCAACCCUCCUUGAGAGCAUAGCUGCUCUUUUUUCGUCGAAACAUACGGCAAAGGAAUGGGAGGAUUGUUGUGAUAUUGUGUUAAGAAUCAUUAGAAAUGCAUCGAAAACCAAUCUGUUUAACUUGAAACUUGGUAGCUAUGAGCAACUAUUGUCUGAAAUUCAGAAGUGUGUGCAUUAUUGUUCGUUGUUUCCGAAGGAUUAUAUAUUCAACAAGACUGAUCUGAUAAAUCUGUGGGCUUCACAAGAGAACUUAUUAACUACACCAGAAAGUCCAGAGUCUGUUGGCAACGAAUAUUUUGGGAAAUUAUUAAAAGAAGGGUAUUUCUUUGAAAUCUUUCAAGGAGAAGAUACUAGUGACAUAGUUGGUUACAAGAUGCACUUCUUAGUGAGCGAGUUCCUUAAGGAAAUAGCAAAACCCGAGUUUUGUUUAGUUGAUGAGUCUCAGGGGGAAAUUGAUGUUGCCAAUAUUUUGCAUUUAAGUUUUGUUGUUGACUCUUCAUGGAAAGCACCAUCAUCGAUGUUUUCUGCUAAGAAGCUGCAAUCUCUUUUAUUCUUGCCAAGAAAAUCAGAUGAAGAUUCUAUAGAAGUUUCGGCGAUGGAUGAUAUCUUGACAAGUUUAACAUGCUUACGAGCAUUAGAUUUGAAAGCGGUGAAUUGUGAAAAUCUUCGGAGUUCCUUAAGAGAGCUGAAGGAUUUAAGGUACCUCAAAUUAGGUGUCUCCUUUGAAUCUCUUCCUGAAAGCGUCACUAGGUUGGAGAAUUUGCAGACAUUGGAUCUUCGGCACUCUAGUGUAAUGCAAUUGCCAAGAGAUUUUCCCACACUAAGGAAUUUGAGGCACUUGUAUGUUGGAAGAAGAUUGGUUGAUAUGCCAUUUGAAAUUUCAAAAUUGGAAUUCCUCAACAUAUUAGAUGUGUUUGUAGUUGGAGAAUAUAAUAGGUUAGAUGCACGAGGUAGCUUGAAGCUUGUUGGGGAGCUGACAGUUCGUUUUGAUAAGGAAUAUGACCAUAACGAAGCAUUGAAGGAUAACGAACAAAUAACGUGCUUGUCGUUGAUAUGGUCGACUUCGUAUGGAGGACAAACCACUGAUGAUGAUACGCAUUGUUUCUUGCAGCUGCCUCGAAGCCUUAAAAGCCUAGCAGUUCGCAGUUUUAAGGGUGGAAGUUUCGGUAGUUUCUCUAUCCUCAAGAACCUUGUUACGAUAUGUAUUGAAGACUGCAACAACUGCAAAUAUCUUCCACACUUGAGUAGUUUUCCUUAUCUGAGGUCCCUUCAACUUCGUGAUCUUAAAGCCUUGGAGUACAUAGAAGAUAAUGAUGAUAAUAGUAAAGAUUCUAAUUCAUACUUCCCAUCCUUGAAGUAUCUUUCGUUGGUUGAUUUACAACAACUCAAGGGUUGGUCGAGUCGAACGCAGGAAGAAGAAAUCAGUUCUGAUUGUGUUCAACUUAGAAUAAAAGGUUGCCCAAAGAUGAUGUCAGUGCCUCAAAUUCCAAAUCUCGAGUCUUUUGAAACACGUAACAUCCAUGAGACACUGCUGAAAUUUCUCUUAUGUACAUCUUCAGUUUCCUCCAUUAAUUGGUCAAGGCGAGUCCCCAUCCCACCAUUCAAGCUACAACAGUCCACCUACAAUGGGUGGAUUCGGUUAGGACCAUCAUCAUGGUCGCCACCUCUAACUUCCAGGCUACAGAAUGUGGAAAUUACCUCAAUUUUUGAGCUUGGUUCGACUCUCUCAUUCAAUAUUAUCAUGAAGUCUUUGACAAUCAAGCAAUGCCCAAAAUUGAAAAAAUUAGACUUCAAACCUAAUAUGGUUUCGCUCCAACAACUUAUCAUUCAUGAUUGCAAUGGGUUGCAGGAUAUCACUAGCGCACUUUACCUUUCUGCCCUACAAAAAUUGGAAAUCAAGCGCUGUAAGAAGUUGAGUUUGGGGGACGACAACAUGAGAGAAGCAUGGGAAGGUCUCCAGAGCCUCCAUACCUUGAAACUCAUAGGUAUCUCCAACCUGGCGUCCCUCGAAAACGGCCUUAUGGCCCUUAAAAGCCUCGAGGAACUCUCUCUCCAUUCAUUUUAUGAAUUGAAAACCCUCCCGGAGUGGAUUGGGAAACUCACCAAGCUUCAACGCCUCGCCAUUCGAAAUUGGCCGUACUUAAUUACACUUCCUGAAUCACUUGGUGACCUAUCUGCUUUACAAGAGCUUCAAAUUCAAUGUUGCCCACUACUCAAACAAAUUCCCGAUUCUUUUGCUCGCCUAAACUCUUUACAACAGCUUAAGAUUCAACAAUGUCCAAAGUUGUUUGAAAGAUACCAGAAUACGAGUGAUCCAGACAAUCCUCUCAAAUCACACACUCAUCUCAUUCGUUUAAAGUGAUGUGAUGGCCUUUUGUAUGUUAUGCCUUUUAUGUUCUGAUCUUUUACUUUGUAUUAUUGUACAAUCCUUGCCUGAAUAAAGUUGUUAUAUUACUGUUUACUAAUCAUUCCCUCUGUUUCUGAAAAAUGUAUUAUUGUAUUUGUUAUGGGGUGUUUUUAU